AUGACAUGCCCAGGCUGGGUAUUGGCACUCGUGGUCUCCACCUGUCUUGGAUCCAGCAUGGCCCAGACAGUCACUCAGACUCAACCAGAGAUGUCUGUGCGGGAGGGAGAGUCGGUGACCCUGCGCUGCACGUAUCGCACUAGUUAUACAUAUUACGAUUUGUACUGGUACAAACAACUUCCUAGUGGGCAGAUGGUUUUUGUUAUUGGCCAAGCAUCUGACCAGCAAAAUGCAAGACAGAAUCGCUUCUCUGUGAACUUCCAGAAAGCAGCCAAAUCCAUCAGUCUCACGAUCUCAGACUCACAGCUGGAGGACACUGCAGUGUAUUUCUGUGCUCUCAGAGAAGACACAGCCUCAUAUGGCUGUGUGAAUUAUGGAGGAACCCAAGGAAAGCUCAUCUUUGGAAAAGGCACUAAACUCUCUGUUAAACCAAAUAUCAAGGACCCUGACCCCGCCGUGUACCAGCUGAAAAGCCCUAAACUGGGGAACACUUCCGUCUGCCUGUUCACUGAUUUUCCUUCUAAUAAUACAAAUUCAUCCAAUAAUGAACCGGACGUGUUCAUGUCAGACAAAACUGUGCUGGAUAUGAGGUCCACGGGUUCCAAGAGCAAUGGUGUCUUGGCCUGGAGCCAGAAAGCUGAGUUUGCAUGUGCAGACACCUUCAUGGAGGAUCCCUUCUACUCUAACUCAGACGUUUCCUGUGAUGCCAAGUCCGUAGUGAAAAGCUUUGAGACAGACAUGAACCUCAAUGCUCAGAACCUGUUUGUGAUUGGGCUCCGCAUCCUCCUCCUGAAAGCGGUCGGGUUUAAUCUGCUCAUGACGCUGCGGCUGUGGUCCAGCUAAGGUCAGCAAGACCAUCCGAGCUGUGCCCCCUCGCUCCGUGCUCUGCAUUGUCCCCCCCUGCCUGUUACAGCAGAGGGAGGGAGGGAUCCCACCCCAUGAGGAGGAGGCUCCCACCUCCUGUCGGGCUCCCUGGCAGUGCCGCCAACAAGAUUCUGCCUGGCUUUGUGAUGAAGAUUGCUGAGGAGCUGCCAAAGACUGCUGCCCUGUGCUCUGUCCCCUGUUGCUGCUUGUCACUGCGUGACACCGCGGCAGAGGCAGGGCUGCUGCAGCUCUCCCCAGAGACCAACUGCCUCUGCAGCCCCCUGCGUGGCGCAGCCCCAGUGGGUUCUCUUGGACUCUAGCUCCCAGAAAAUAUCGUGAGGAGCUUAUUUUUUUAAAUAGUGUUUAUAAAGAAAUCCAUGUUACUCUUUCCCUCAAUCUGUAAGGGAGAUUUUUCUCAUUGUCUAGCCCUGCCAUGCCAUGUACCUCAGCCAUGUUGUAUACCCGCUGCCCAAGGCUUCAUUAAAGUGAUUUGGAAGAACAGA